AUGUGUUGAAUUCCUCCAAAACUAAGAAAAGCAAUAAAAGCAAAAACACUACAUAAAACAAAACAAAAGGGAAAUACGAAUACCCCAUAAACCAUAAAGAAAAAGAAACAGCAGCACCACCAAUUCCAAAAAAGAAAGCAAAAGGAUUAUUAAGCACACCUUCAUUCUCGAUCCUCACCUUUCUUUUUAGCAGCGAUGGCCUUCACAUUCAAAGCGGUGGCGCUGUUGCUCGCCGCCACCUUCUCCGCGGCGGCAGGUACGUGGUGCGUGGUGAGGAGCGACGCGACUGAAGUGGCUAUGCAAAGAGCUCUGGACUACGCAUGCAGCGGCGGCGCCGACUGCGCGCCCAUUCAGUCUUCCGGCCUCUGCUAUCUUCCCAAUACUUUGCCGGCACACGCUUCCUAUGCCAUCAACAGUUAUUACCAGCGCCGGAGGGCCAACGACCCCGCCGCCUGCUCUUUCGCCGGUGCCGCCGCCAUCGCCGCCACUGAUCCAAGCUAUGGAUCUUGUGUUUACCCUUCAUCUCCAAGAAAUGCAGGAGGGAUGGUGCCGACACCUACCGGCACAAAUAUUCCGAGCACAAUGCCGACUCUAACUCAACCACCUCCGCCACCCACGGCCCCUUUGUAUGGUGGUGGAGGGAUGGGAAGUGUAGUGGCCGAGUCCCCUAUGUCUAGUGCUUCACAAACUUGCUUCUUGAAAAGAAGUAUAUUCUACAUCACUUGUGUGAUUUUUUUGCUCGUUUUUCUUCCAAACCUCCAUCUAUAGGAACUACAUUUGUUAAAUGUGAAGAGACUAGGUUAGCUCAGGCUCAGCUUGCAUCAUAACGUUUGCCCCAAUCUUAUUUUUUAUUGAAGUUUUUUAUGUCUUCAAAAUU